AUGGGUAGAGUCAUUCGCAACCAGCGCAAGGGUCGUGGAUCCAUCUUCACUGCCAACACGCGCUUGAACAAGGCCCCUGCCAAGUUCCGCAACCUCGACUUCGCCGAGCGCCAUGGAUACCUGAGAGGUGUUGUCCGUGAGAUCGUCCACGAUGCCGGCAAAGGUUCUGGAACAGGUCGUGGUGCUCCUCUCGCCAAGGUCGUCUUCCGCCACCCCUACAAGUUCAAGCAGGUUACCGAGACCUUCAUUGCCAACGAGGGCAUGUACACCGGCCAGUUCAUCUAUGUCGGUAAGAAGGCUGCUCUGACCGUCGGAAACGUUCUCCCUCUCGGCGAGAUGCCCGAGGGUACCGUCGUCUCCAACGUCGAGGAGAAGGUCGGCGACCGUGGCAGCCUUGGCCGCACCUCCGGUAACUACAUCACCAUUAUCGGCCACAACCCUGAUGAGGGCAAGACUCGCAUCAAGCUUCCCUCCGGCGCCAAGAAGGUUGUUCUUUCCGGCGCCCGUGGUAUGAUCGGCAUCGUCGCUGGUGGCGGUCGUACCGACAAGCCUCUCCUGAAGGCUUCUCGCGCUAAGCAUAAGUUCGCUGUCAAGCGCAACAGCUGGCCCAAGACUCGUGGUGUUGCUAUGAACCCUGUGGACCAUCCUCACGGUGGUGGUAACCAUCAACAUAUUGGUAAGGCUUCUACCAUCUCGCGGUACGCUGCCCAGGGUCAAAAGGCUGGUCUUAUUGCCGCCAGGCGGACAGGUCUGCUUCGCGGUACUCAGAAGACCAAGGAAUAA